AUGACCAUGGACGCCUCUGGAGCCAAGAACAUGGGUCAUCUCUCUAAAGUUGCAGAUCAGUGGCCGACUCUCUGGCGACCCAUACCAUUAGAGACAGAGAUGACUGAUUUAUUGGAUCUCUCCCAGUCUUCAUACAGGCUUAGACAAGUCCGCCUGAGCCACCGAGCCCUCAACCGCGGCCGUAUCCUCAGCGGCCGGCUUGAACGGCGCAGCACCCGAUGUGAAGAAAUGGCGCCAGCCCACCUCACCGUCCGGGGCAUACUCGCCAGCGGAGCCGAAGCUUUAAGGCCCCACUGGCCAGCGGAGAUUAGGGUGAUGCUCUGGCCAUUGAAGACGAAGCGCAUCGAAGAUGGAUCUCGCCUUACGCAGUUCUGCGGCCGAAAGAGGCACGGCGUCAUGACCGGCUUCAGUCUUCCUCCAUCCCUACCUUCCUCCCUCUCUUCCCCAUCUUUCCUUUGCAUAUUGCAGCUAUUCCAUAUUCCGUGCCUUGCAUGUCCACCAGGUGCUCCAACACACGUGUUGGUUCCCGGCAACUCGUCUGGGCUACCAUCGCAAUAUAAACAGAGCGUGCCCAUCCUGGGUUAA